AUGGGGGUAGUUGAAAAGAUGAAGGCCAUCGAGGAAGAGAUGGCUCGGACGCAGAAAAAUAAGGCGACCGAGUACCAUUUAGGUCUUCUCAAAGGUAAAUUAGCUCGAUUGAGGCAACAGCUUUUAGCUGAAGAAACAGCGCCUAGCGGUGGUGGUGGCGUUGGAUUUGAAGUUGCUAAAUCUGGUGAUGCGCGCGUUGUGUUGAUCGGAUAUCCGUCGGUCGGAAAAUCUUCACUUUUGGGGAAAAUUACGACGACUAAAGCGGAAAUUGCACACUAUGCAUUUACCACUCUGACUUCUGUUCCUGGUGUCUUGAAGUACCAAGGUGCCGAAGUACAAAUUGUCGACCUUCCUGGUAUCAUAUAUGGCGCUUCCCAGGGUAAAGGUAGAGGCAGACAGGUCGUAUCUACCGCCAGAACUGCGGAUCUGGUUUUGAUGGUUCUGGAUGCCACUAAAGGUGCACAUCAACGCGAGUCUCUCGAGAAGGAACUUGAGGCAGUAGGAAUUCGUUUGAAUAAGGAGAAACCGAAUAUUUACUACAAGAAGAAAGAAACCGGCGGUGUCAAAGUGACAUUUACGUCCCCGUCGAUAGCCAACCUCACAGAAGAAGCGAUCAAGGGUAUAUUGAAGGAUUAUCGAAUUCACAAUGCUGAUGUUCUGGUUCGUGACGACAAAUGCACCAUUGACGAUUUCAUAGAUAUUUUGAAUGAUCAGCACUGCAACUACAUCAAAUGCUUGUACGCCUAUAACAAGAUCGACGCGGUUUCUUUGGAAGAGGUUGACCGCUUAGCUCGUGAACCCAACACUGUAGUGAUGUCGUGCGAGAGUGAUCUGGGAUUGGACGACGUAGUCGACGAAAUCUGGUAUCAACUGAAUUUGAGUCGAGUCUACACAAAAAAGAGAGGUAUUAAGCCGGACUUCUCAGAUCCCCUUGUGGUGAGAAAUAAUUCUUCGAUCGGCGAACUAUGUCAUUCAAUCCAUAGGGACUUUAAAGACAAAUUCAAAUAUGCAUUGGUUUGGGGUUCCUCCGCAAAGCACUCCCCACAAAAAUGCGGUUUAACGCAUAAAAUCCGAGACGAAGAUGUGGUAAGUCUCUUCACUAAAUAG